GCGCUCCCUCUCCGGCAACUUCCUCCACCCGCCGAGGCGAGGCGCGCCAGGACUCCUCCCGCUCCAAGACCACCGCCCCACGCCGCGCACCGCGCGCUCGACGGCCUGCUCCAACCCUAAGAGAUCAUCCCCCGCAGAUUGUAGGACAUGUCUGGGCACCACCAUUCUGGAGGGGAUGCUCGCACCAGUGAUGGUACUUUGGUGGCGGGAGAUGGUACUUUGCUGGUGGUUGACUGUAUUGACGGUUUGACCUUGCUGACAAGAGAGAGGAUCCGGGAAGUGCUGGCUAUGGGGUUCACACCUCUCCUCAUGCUGACUAACAUCCACAGAUGUUUCCUCGAGAAAUUGGAUGGUGAGGAAGCCUAUCAGAAGUUCUGCACUAUCAUCAACGAUGUAAAUGCUUUUAUCAAGCUCUACAGCACCCAUCGCCUCAAAGAUGUUGAAGUCAGUCCCAGGGAAGGCACAGUUGUUUUCUAUGCUGACAGUUGGGGCUUCUCAAUCCCAAAGUUCGCAGAGAUAUAUGAGUCAAAGUUUGGGUUGGACCAUGACAAGGUAAAGAACAGGCUCUGGGGGGAUAACUACUACGAUCCCUCAACGAAGAUAUGGACGCCUACUCCUACUACUACUGCCUCAUGCAAAAGGGGGUUCCUACUCUAUGUGUAUGACCCAAUCAGGAAAGUCUUGAGCCGCUGUCUUCGUGAUGAGAAGGACAAAUUACAAUCGAUGAUCCAAAAGCUUGGUGGGAAGACGAUGGAUAUGCGGGAUUUGCAAGGUGAAGGGUUGUUUGACCUCUUCAUGCGGAGCUGGCUUCCCACAAGUAACAUCCUCAGGGAGGAUCCUUCUUACUUCAAUGCUGAAGGUUCUUGCUGGAGAAGUGAAGAUGUUAAUGCUGUCACUAAAAGCUAUGACAAGGGCCAUGUGGCGUUGGAGGAAGACAAACCUGCAAAUUUUUGUUUGAUGCCAAAGGGAUCUGCGAAGGGCCUCUUUACCCUACCUCCUGAAGUUCUUGAGCGUUUAGCACCGUACCAAAUCAGAGCUGUUCGGUGGCUGUGGGAUCUGCAAUGUAAAUCAAUGGGUGGUAUACUCGCCGAUGAUAUGGGGAUGGGGAAAACACGCACGGUCUGCUCGUUUUUGCGUGGUUUGCUGUCUUGCUCACUUAUCGAGAGAGCAAUUAUUGUAGCCCCGAAGUCUGUUCUAAGUCAGUGGGUAGCUGAGCUUAAAAAUGUUGGUCUGGUAGAAGAAAUUCACAUGUACCGAACGCCAGUAUCUGAGGGAGAAUCUCUGAACAGUGUGAUCAAACGAGGGGGUGUACUACUUACAACGUACGAAGUGUUCCGAUCCAAACACAAGAUUAUCGCAUGUGAAGAAACAAAGGUGAUCAAGUGGAACUAUAUAUUCCUAGACGAAGGGCAUAGAAUCAAGAAUGAUAAGACACAAACUUCACAAGCUUUCAGGGCACUAAACUGUCACAACAAGAUAGUUAUCACUGGGACACCAUUUCAAAAUAAUCUAAAGGAGCUGUAUGUGUUAGUAAACUUCUGCUGCCCCAACUUACUUGGCAAUGAGCAAGAGUUUGUUGAAAAGUUUGUGGAGCCUAUUGAAAAGGCGAAAUUUUCCGAUUCCCAGUUGAGUCAUAAAAGGCUAGCAAUGUCAGCAUCAGAGGAGUUAAAAAAUAUCCUGAAACCUUGCAUGCUAAGGAGGACAAAAAGGUUGCUGCAGGCAAUGGGCUUGCUUGGUAGUAAGCAUGAGAUGACGGUCUGGUUAGAAAUGACAACCGUCCAGAUCGACCUCUAUAAGGCACUAUUAACAGAAAUUCGCUUGGGAAACUCAAAAGGUGCUUCUUUGGCAGAAGCCUCGGUUGCGAAGAAUAUCUGCAACCACCCAUUUAUACUUAGAAAACUUGCAUCUGGUGAUGCGAAAGCUUCCUUCGAAUCUCAAGGUCUUGCAAAUAACUACAAGAAGCAGCUACUGAAACUCGUCCCUUUUCCUGACGUUCUCAUAGGAUCUUCUUGCAAACUCAGGUUUAUAUUGUAUCUAGUGAAUAACCUUUUAGCCGAGCACCAUAAAAUCCUGGUUUUUUCACAAUCUGUCCCGAUGCUCCAACUCGUAGAGCAAGCUCUUCUGACAUUCAUGGACGAAAGUAAAAUCAUACGCAUGGAUGGCAGUACAACUCAACCUGAGAGAGACGAGAAAAUCAAGAGUUUCCAAGCGAAUAUUGAGAAUCCUGAUGAGAUCUCUCCAGAAGAUGUACCGGAUGUUUUCUUAAUGACAACUUCUGUGGGUGGCAUGGGAUUAAAUCUAACUGCAGGUUCGAGAGUAAUCAUUGUUGAUCCUGCGCAGAACCCAAGUAUGGAUAACCAGAGUGUGGACAGAGCCUUUAGAUUGGGCCAGAAGAAAGAUGUGAUUGUAUACAGAUUAAUCACUGCGGGUACCAUUGAAGAACACACUUACAGACGACAGGUCAUAAAGGGUGAAAUAUCAACUUCAGUUACCGAGAAGGAACAAUGUGCACGUGCCCUUGAGAAGGAGACGGGCAAAGUGCUAAGUCUUCCAAAAGGCGGGUUUGCUAAGUCUUGGACACACCAAGAACUUCUCGAGUCAUAUCAGACUAGAUUUGACGAGAGCAUCUUGGAGCAUCUGGAGUUCAUUAUGAGAGAGACGGUUGUGGUAGGUUUAAAUAAUCAUGGAUCUCUUUUCUCCGUUGAGGAGUGUUUACCGUUGCCGUGUGAUGAUGACAGCCCGGUUAAGCUUGCUAGACGCUUUCGCAAAAAGUUCGCAUCUGAUACCGUUAUUGGCGGAGAGAAGUAUGCAUAUCAUGUGAAAGACCCAAAGUGGGGCGUCCAAAAUAAAAUGCUUGCUGCUGCUGCUGGAAGAUACCGGAAGCUAUUGCCACAAAAGUUAUACGGACCUGAGAAAUCUGGUGGAAGUUCUCGCCCAGAAGCAGGUGGAUGGCGUGCUCGAGGAGGGAUGAAUCCUGGGGCAACGUUGGGUGAUGACCCACCAAAGGAGCCCGAUGCAGCGACAGGGCCUGGCUAGGCCUUUGGCCUGAGUCUUUGGUUUGGGCGGCAAUAAUGGUGAUUGGUCAAUGUAAAGAAUCAUCAAAGCCGACCUGUGAUAAAUGUAACAUGAAACUGCAGUUAGGGUUGUCGAGCAAACUCUCCUUUGCCCAUACUCUCUUGGUGGCAUCGCGGUCCAUGUUGUAGCUUGAUCUGUUUUUGUCGACCUUUAUACUGUGUUGUUCUGUAAUGCACGCCAUACAGGUGAACCCUACAAUUUUUUUUUUAUCAAGGUCGGCUCAUAUAUUAACACAAA